AUGGAUCGAAAAGAUGGAGGCCGCCAUGGCUCUUCCAGGGACUAUGGUUCCUCGAGACGCGACCGUGAUGACCGACGAGAUCGUGACCGCGACCGCCGCCGCCGCUCGCGAUCCCCCUACGACAGCUCUCGCCGGCGUGAUGCCGGUGGCGAGGUAGACUCGUACUCCUCCAGCCGCAACCACCGCGACCGCGAACGCGAGGACCGCUACUCUGGCCGACGCGAGAGAGACUGGGACCGCGACGCACGCGGCGGGAGGCGCGACGGUGGCGGCCGCAGGGAUGACGACCGCCCCCCGCGCCGUGAUCGCGGCGACCUAUUUGACGAUCGCCGCCGAGGCCCCCGUGACGGUGGCGGCCAUUUCGACCGAGAACGUGAACGACGCCGAAGCGAAUCCCCGCCGCCCAAGAAGAGGGAGCCUACACCCGAUCUGACGGAUAUCAUCUCCGUCCUGGAGCGCAAGAGGCGGCUGACGCAGUGGGACAUCAAGCCUCCCGGUUACGAGAACGUCACAGCAGAGCAGGCCAAGCUGUCGGGCAUGUUCCCGCUGCCCGGCGCGCCCAGACAGCAGGCCAUGGACCCCACGAAACUGCAGGCCUUUAUGAAGGAGCCCGGCACCAGUACGGUCAACAACGCCUCCCUGAAACCUACCAACUCACGACAGGCCAAGCGCCUCAUCGUCUCGAAUCUUCCUGCCUCCGCGACCGAGGAGAACGUCCUCGGCUUCUUCAACCUCCAGCUCAACGGCCUCAAUGUCGUGGAGUCUACCGACCCCUGCUCCCUCGCACAGAUGUCCUCCGACCGAACCUUUGCCCUCCUCGAGUUCAAGACUGCCGAGGAUGCCACCGUUGCCCUUGCUCUCGAUGGUCAGUCCAUGGAAGCAGAUGACGUGAGCGAUGCAGCGAAUGGCGCCCCGCAUGGCCUGCAGAUACGCCGACCAAAGGACUACAUCGUCCCCGCUAUCGUCGACGAUCCAAAUUACGAGCCCGGCCGCAUAUCGAACAUUGUGAUUGAUACACCGAACAAGAUCAGUGUGGCCAAUAUCCCUCCAUACUUGACCUCGGAGCAGGUUCUCGAGCUCCUGAACAGCUUCGGGGAGCUGAAGGCAUUCGUCCUGGUGCAGGACCGCGGCACGGAAGAGUCGCGCGGCAUCGCCUUUUGCGAAUACCUUGAUCCAGCCGCGACCGAGGUUGCCAUCAAGGGCCUUGACGGCAUGGAGCUUGGCGACAGGCAUCUGAAGGUCCGCAAGGCCAGCAUAGGGAUCACGCAGAUCGCUAGCGUGGAGAUGGGGGUCAAUGCUAUGUCCAUGCUCGCCGGUACCACGUCCACGGACUCGGAGGUGACCCGCGUGUUGCAGCUGCUCAAUAUGGUGACUCCGGAGGAGCUGAUGGAUCCAGAUGAUUACGAAGAAAUCUGCGAAGAUGUCCGAGACGAGUGUGGCAAGUUUGGUACUAUCCUUGAACUGAAGGUGCCUCGCCCCAGUGGUGGGAGCAAACAGUCUGCAGGUAUUGGCAAAAUCUAUGUCAAAUUCGACAGCCCAGAAUCGGCCACCAAGGCGCUCAAGGCCCUUGCUGGCAGGAAAUUUGCCGACAGGACUGUGGUCACCACAUAUUUCCCAGAGGAGAAUUUCGAGGUGGGCGCAUGGUAGGCCAAAAGCUAGCUACCUUCAUGAUGGCAUUGAGGGCAGACUCUGAUCCUAGCACGGAGAAUGAUGGAUAUCUGAUCACUACUGGAGAGGACUACUGGGGGAGGGGGAUCAAAACAAUCAAAAAGUAUCGUGACCGACAUAGCAACCUGCGAUGGGUAGCGUAGGCCUGGGAAGACUUCGGGGUCAGGUUUGCGCACGAUCAAUAAGACCUUGUGUCAACUCAGACGGGCAUCCUGCCCAGAUAAUGGGAAUGAGUCUGUCCCUGUACAACAAGUAUUAGAUAGGUUUAGCACAGCUGCGGCAAAAUUACGAGAAAUGGCAGUACGGGUUUCAC